ACCGAACUGAUCCCACGUGUGACGGAGCGCUGCAUUCCCGGUUUGCUGACACUGUAGCUCCGCUCCAUCUGCCGACCUACCGUCUGUGUGUAUCCGUUAGUCACUGCCUGUAGCUGGGUCAGAUAUGGAAGGAGACGGAAGCCAAGCCACGUCUGGAAACCCGACUGAUCCGCAACACGACCCGGGGAAAAUGUUUAUCGGUGGCCUCAGCUGGCAAACUUCACCAGACAGCCUUAGAGAUUAUUUUAGUAAAUUCGGGGAAAUCCGAGAAUGUAUGGUGAUGAGAGACCCAACGACGAAACGUUCCAGGGGCUUUGGCUUCAUCACUUUUGCAGAUGCUGCCAGCGUAGAUAAAGUCUUAGCACAGCCGCACCACGAGUUAGACUCUAAAAUGAUUGACCCCAAAGUUGCCUUUCCUAGACGUGCUCAGCCCAAGAUGGUCACAAGAACAAAGAAAAUAUUUGUAGGAGGAUUAUCAGCCAACACAGUAAUUGAAGAUGUGAAGCAAUAUUUUGAACAGUUUGGCAAGGUAGAAGAUGCCAUGCUAAUGUUUGACAAAACCACCAACCGACAUAGAGGUUUUGGCUUUGUAACAUUUGAAAUUGAGGAUGUGGUGGAAAAAGUCUGCGAGAUCCAUUUUCAUGAAAUCAAUAAUAAAAUGGUAGAAUGCAAAAAGGCCCAGCCCAAGGAAGUGAUGUUUCCUCCAGGGACACGAGGUCGGGCCAGGGGCCUACAAUACACAAUGGAUGCCUUCAUGCUGGGUAUGGGCAUGCUGAGUUAUCCUAACAUUGUAGCAACAUACGGCAGAGGCUACACUGGUUUUGCCCCAAGCUAUAGUUACCAGUUCCCAGGCUUCCCAGCAACGGCAUACGGACCGGUGGCAGCAGCGGCAGUAGCAGCAGUUCGCGGCUCAGGUAGGGGGACCCGUGGAAGAGGCAGCGGCUACACGGCAUACGGGCAGAACGCAGGGGCAGGGUUCCCUGAUUAUGGGUUGUAUUCCGGGGCCAGCGGUGACAUGCGGGGAGGAGCGCCCUACUCCCUGGCCGACUAUGGCUCCCUGGGCACCCAGGCGGCUGCUCAAAUCCUGCCCAGUGAGCAUGCCAGCUCGGCCUGCAACUCUCCCACCUCCCUCCAGCACCAUCUGCACAGCCCGGACCCUUUUAAGAGCCCAGGAACCAACCCCACCCGGCCUGGAGCCUUUCCUGGUGCCAAUAGUCCCGGCCCUGUAGCUGACCUCUACGGAACCGCCAAUCAGGACUCUGCUGUAGGCAACUACAUCAAUGCCAACAGCCCUCAGCCGGGCUCUGGCUUCAGCCACAGCAUUGCUGUGAUGCCAUCCAGCACUAACCACUACAGCAUCCACACAGUGAGCCAGAGCGGAGGAGGCACCAGAUGAAGAACAGUUUGAAAGCAAAAGUCAAAAAUCAUCACAGAAAAAAAGAUGACAGUCCGUGAGUGGUGUAAAGCCUGACCUGCUAUGGAGAUCCCUCUAAAUGUAACUGGUGUCCUUUUGUAGAGAUUUGUUGGUUUAGAUUUUCUUUUCUUUUUUCUUUUUUUUUUUUUCAAUUUAUUUCCUUAAAUUGUGAUAUUUUUUUUUUUUGUCUUGGACUUAAAAUCAAUAAUGAGAAAUUAUUUUUCAGCAUUUAGUUUGGAUUAUUUUAUGUGUGCGUUUAUUUCUUUUGAUCCACACGUAAAAGAAGCAAUGUACAUGUCACUCACCUUUUUGUGUGUCUGCUGACACACUGUGGUUAUUUGUAUUUUUAUCUUUGAGUGAUUGAAAGAUAGUCAGACACAUAUAAAGACAUCUGAAGUGAACCAACAUAGCUCAGUGGAGACAGUUUUGGUUCACGUAUCAAAACAAUACAAUAUAAACCAAGAACACCUAGUAGCUUUGGCUCUUGCAAUGUGGUCACUAACUAUUUUUGGCAAUAAGAGGACUACAAUAUUUUCACGGUCCUGUUUUAUAAAUGUUUUAUUGUCUGGAGGGGGGAAAAAAAAUAGAAAAAGCUGUCCUUUUAGUUCUAUGUCAGACUGAAUUGUUUAACUGUAACUGUGUUCCAGUCAUAUAUCAGGCAUAAAGUGGUUUAGAGAGGGAAAGACAUAUUUUUUUGAUGGUUGAAUGGGCGACAAAGCCACAACACGCUGGAUGGGAGGACAUCAACUGUCUCACCAGAGUCCCAUCUAUUGCACAACGCCAGAGGAAAAGAUAACCCCAUGACAGAUCAUGCACUGCUGGUUCGCUCCGUACAUGCUAUUUGCUUUCCAACUGUGGCUAAUUUGAUACCAGCAUAUUUUGUCCAUGUGAUGAGUUAUAGUGGGCACAAUUAGACAAAGACGUCACAAACACCUGUGGAUCUGCACUCUGUGACACGCAGCUGAAAAGUUUGUCUCUUCUGCAUCACUGCGACUCUGGAGCUCUGUAGCACGAAAAAGAAAUCAAUCCAAAGCACACUUGAUAGUUUGGGAAGACUAGACGAAUCAGUUGUGUCCUCAUAUUUCACAAAGAUGUUUGAUAUACUGUAAUUGUCUUUACAUGUCUGGUGUCAAACAAAAGGCAAUAUUGCAAGUUUCAUUUUUUGGCAACUUGUGUUUCUUACAAGGAGGAAGACGUGCAGCAGAGGAGUGUUGCUUAUUACCUCAGUCCUAUGUGUUUUGUAAUGAUGACCAGAGAACUUAUUUGAGAAUGAAAAUUGAAAAAUAUGACAGGCUGACAAAGUGAAGUUGUUGCACUGUUAUCUGAGGUAAGGCUGAGAGCAGAUUUAAUUUGCACAUUAUUUGGUCAGUCUCUGAAGUGGACUCUUAUUGAAGAAGACUUUUAUUUAUAACUUAGUUUUGGUCAGCCUAACUUGAAACAUUUAUUUACUGUUUUUAAAUGUUGACAGUUGCCUGCAUACCACUGGUUGAUCCACCAUUACUGAAUACACAAAUUUUCAUACAAGCAUUAUGAAAAUAAAAAUGUAAAGAAAAAUAGGAAUGUUAUCUAUAAUUUAAUGUAAAUAGGAAUUUGCUAUAACUAAAGAAUCAGUCUUUCUUUAAAGUUUUGAAAUGGUUAAUGAAUUAUUAAAUGUAUGCUGUUUUAUUCCCUUCUGUGCUAAAACAGAUAUUU